AUGCAGGAAAAGGUGCCAAAUCAGGCUGUGAUGUCGAAGUUAUAUCUUUCGAGCUCUUGUGGAGUCCCACCAGUUUGGUUCCCGUUUAACUACAGUCGACAAAAUCAUGGCCACCUGACGAUCGAUGCUUACAAAAUAAUCUCAGAUUUGAAGACUGAAGUUGACUACAUCUUCAACGGAUGUAAUUCGCUCCCUACAGUUUCCGCUCCAAACAUUAUUAAAGUUGUUUUGUGUAUUGGUUGA